CAAUCUACAACAUUACCGUUCUUGAAUGCCCCAUGCUCCAACCCGCUGCGAAAUGCGCGGAUCUGGGUGACGAGCUAGAUAAUAACUAGCUAUUCCUCUAUCACACGGGCUCAAUCAACUCAGUUCUGUCACUGCUGAUAGUGGCAUAUGUGUAGCGGUUGCUUUUGAACGUUUGUUUGGAGUUUCCUAGCUAGCUAGUUUCAAUUUAACCUUACUUAGCUAUGAGCUAACGUUAGCUAGGUUGCAAGUUAGCUUGAGGUGGUGCAGUGCAGUUUGGGAAGGAAGAAGCAGAUACGCGACAGUUUAAGGACAAAUAUAAGGCAAGUUUAGUGCAUUUAGCGUUAUUUCGCAGUAACUAUCUUAUCGUUAACGUUACCUGUCUGACACUGACGUGUGAUGGAGGCCCCACCAGUCUCAGUGCUGCCCAUCACGGGUGGCACAAUCAACAUGAUGGAGUACCUGCUGCAAGGCAGCGUCUUGGACCAGGCCCUCGAAAGCCUAUUGCACCGCCUCCGGGGCCUUUGUGACAACAUGGAACCUGAGACAUUCGCCGACCAUGAGCUGGUCUACCUCCUGAAGGGCCAGCAGGGAAACCCAUUCUUGCUACGUGCCCGCCGCUCCCUCUCCCACCCAACAGUUCCCUGGCACCUGCGCUACCUGGGCCAGCCGGAGGUGGGUGACAAGUCCCGCCACGCGCUGGUUCGCAACUGUGUGGAUGUGGCCACCUCGCACAGCCUGCCCGACUUCCUCAACGAAAUGGGCUUCCGCAUGGACCACGAGUUCGUAGCCAAGGGCCACAUUUUCCGUAGAGGCGUGCUCAAAGUGGUGGUGAGUAAACUGUCACGCAUCCUGGUCCCUGGGAAUACAGAGAACACUGAGCCGCUGUCACUCUCCUACCUGGUGGAGCUCAGUGUGUUGGCCCCCGCGGGCCAGGAUACCAUGUCGGAGGACAUGCGCAGCUUUGCUGAGCAGCUCAAGCCCCUAGUUCACCUGGAGAAGAUUGACCCCAAGAGACACAUGUAAGAAGGGGUGUGUUAAGAUGUUGUAAGUGGCUAUUGGCAGUCAUGGACAAAGUGGAGUUUUUAUUAAAAUGUAUUUUUUGGGACUUAAUUUUGUAUGAUUCCUAUAAGAAAGUGCUUUCCCACAGUCCUUUGUCUCUGUGAAGGAACUCUAUAUCUCACCAUCUGUCAUUAGGAUGUUAGUAGUGUUUGAAAAGGACUUCACAAGAGGAUUGACACAGCCAACAUGGACGAUGUGACAAAUGAGGCUUUGAAUGAGUCAAUAAAUAACAAUAUCUAUUUAGUGCUGAACAUUGGUUUUGUGUGAUGCUGAUAGUGCUUUGUUCUGUGUUGGAUAUGUUUCCAGAAAUGCACAGCUAUAGUGUUUAUUAAACAUGAUUUUUCUCAA